CGAACUGAACUGACCGCUUUUUUUGCGCUGGUGUUGGCGGCCACACCACAUCACUUUUCAUUUUCUAUUGCUAUUGCUAUAUAACAGUGUUACUGUUACCAUUAUUACCCUUCUCGAGUAUCAGUGUGUUCAUGUCCACUACGGCCCAAGAUCAAUCCCAUCCCCAUUCAAAUUCCAGCUAUUGCUUUCUCCUUCCCUCACAGUGACUUCUCUUCUCUCUUUUCUGCUUUUCUUCUUAUUUCAAUGACAUACAUUAUCGGAUCAUUUCCCCCCAUUCCAAUUAUCAAAUCUCAUCAUAUCAUUGCUUGAUUUAUUCUUCACAAUCUUAACCACAUCUGCUAGUUGCUUUUAUCUUCUCUGCUCUAAUUAUCAAUUCUACAAAAAAUUAUUUUAAUUACACGCGCCGAGUUGGAUUUGUAGAGUUUUGUUAGGGCACUAGCAUUCCAAGGUCAAAUAUUUGAAAAUAUAGUUUGUCAGCAAAUCUUGGCUCUUGUAAAUAAGGCACUUCCCUUAUGCUUUAAAUGUUUGUAUUCAACUAUCUGUGCAGAUGGGUCAAAGAUAUGAAAACAAUGUUUUCAAGUCUCACAUAAGUAAUAUUGAAGCUGCUCCCGGUAUGACCCAAACAGUUCAUCUUCCUCCCCCACUUCAAACCGACCCUACCAUAAGAGGAAAGCAAAAUGGUAAACCAAAAGGUUCAAGAAAUGCAAAAUCUGCGGCUCACAGACCUUAUGCCGAUUCCACUAAUUCGACUGCGGUUAACAACUGUCGUUAUGACAGUUCCUUAGGACUGUUAACCAAGAAAUUUGUGAGCUUAAUCCAGGAUGCUAAGGAUGGAACCCUGGAUCUAAAUAGAACCGCUGAAAUCUUGGAGGUUCAGAAAAGGAGAAUUUAUGACAUUACAAAUGUUCUUGAAGGGGUAGGACUGAUAGAGAAAACAUCAAAGAAUCAUAUAAAGUGGAAGGGAUGUGAUGGGCUUGGACCUCGAGAACUGGAAGACCAAGUUAAUAGUUUAAAGGCUGAAGUUGAUAGUCUAUAUGCCGAGGAAUGCAAACUUGAUGAUUGUAUAAGGAAAAAGCAGGAGCUUCUAAGAAACCUGGAGGAAAGUGAAAGCUCUCAAAAGUACCUCUUUAUAACCAAGGAAGAUAUUCUUGGCCUUCCAUGCUUCCAGAAUCAAGAAAUUAUUGCAAUCAAGGCUCCAAAAGCUAGUUCCAUCGAGGUUCCUGAUCCUGAUGAGGAAUUAGGUUUUCGGCAAAGGCAGUACAAAAUGAUUGUUCGAAGUGCCAUUGGACCAAUAUAUUUGUACCUCUUGAGCAAGGACGACCACAAGUUUGAGGAUGAUAGUGCCAAACCGAUGAAAUUAACAAAUCCAUCAUGGAAUAGUGAUCUCUACAGAAAGAGGGGUGUGGGAUUAUUAGAAAGCCAAAAUGAUGAAAAUAAUCCUUCUGAGCGUUUCAGUUUGCAGGGUUCACAAGCAUUUGGAAUUCAAGAAAUUACUCCCACUGAUUUUGAAAUGGAAGAUGACUAUUGGUUUCAAUCAGAUCCUGGAGUGAGCCAAACAGAAUUGGAAGGAGUAGUUGGUUCUGAUAGACGUGCUUCAGACGAUUAAUCCAAUAAGAGGUGCGGGAUUUGCUUGAACACAAGCUUCACUAACAGAUACGAUUAAUAAGAGAUAGACUGUUAAUUGUUCCAGAUGACACAAAGGAUACAUUUCAAACUGUAAAUUUUGGCUCCUUUUUUUGGCUUUUUUUUCUAUCAGCAGUUGCCUUAACUAGGAUAAUUGUGUCCUAGUUCAACAAUGUAACUUACGAAUAAGAUUGAGAUAUAACUUUUAAAUAGAAGUGUCUCAAAUCUAUUAUAGCUUUACAUAGAUAAAGAUAUAACCAAGGGUCUAAGUUAGUUGU